GUGAGCUGAAGUGCAAGAGGUGCAGCACUUACAGUACGCGUCGCUUGAAGUAUUUUUCUGACUUUCGAUGAAGCUUCAGCACUUGACUUUUAAAUGCUCCUUCUUUUGAUUACUGUUUUCAGAACCAGGGCGCUGUCCCGCCGCCGCCUGUCGAGCGGCCAGUGACAGUGAGAAUACCUGGAAUGAAAAGUCAACAGCGGAUAACAGAAAAGACGCCAACUCCUUUGAAGGCAGUGACUCAACGUUACUGAGAAAGAGGCUUUUCAGCACUGUUUUAUCGGGCUCUGAUUCACUGGAAUAUUUAUACAUAUACACUUCUCUGCAAGUUCGUUCCGGAUGACUUAGGACUGCAGUGGCUGGGUGUGUUUGCAGCACUGUGACUGAUGGGUCUGCAUGGGAGAGCUUUCCACGUGGGCCCAGGGAUUGCUCUGACGUUCCCAGUGGAGACCGUGCACUGAGGGCUGAGUGCUUUCCUGUUCUUCCCGCCCUUGACAUUCAUUCAGGGGACUGGCAAGCCUGAGGGGGAUAUGGAGCGAAGAUUUUUUCCUGUAGCUCAGAGUGCUUGACAUGCGAGCCCAGCAUGUCCAUCAGAAGCCCAUGGACUUCAGCGUCGGUGUGGUCACUCCUCCACGCGUUCACACGUGCUGAGAAUACAGUUUCUGGAUGUUUCCGCGAGACAGUCGGUUUGAUUUGGUCCCACUAGGAACUUGGACCCGAUCCAGUCCCCGCACGGCCGUCCCCUACGCACCCUUCCGCCCCUCCACCGCGCCUCCUUUUCGCCCGCUCCCCUUGCCAUGCACGUGCGGGCCGGGACUGGGCCGCUACUUGUCCUGCUGCUGCACGUGGUCACCCGCGCCCUGGGCCAGUACGACCUGUGCAAGUCGCUGGUGAACACGGACGACGGCGCAGUAUGGGAGGAGUACGCGUGCCAGCCCAAGAGCAGCUCCAUGAAGGACUUCAUGCGCAUCCGCGUCGAGCCCCUCGGCGUGACGUGCGGGAACCCGCCCGAGCGCUUCUGCACGCUGGAGAACCCGUACCUGUGCAGUGAUGAGUGUGACGCCUCCAACCCAGACCUGGCCCACCCUCCCCAGCUGAUGGCAGACCGCGAGCGUGGCGGUCUGAUCACCUACUGGCAGUCGGUCACCUGGAGCCGCUUCCCGGAGCCGCUGCUGGCCAACAUCACCCUGACCUGGAACAAGACCUUGGAGCUGACCAACGACGUGCAGGUGACCUUCGAGUACGGCCGGCCGACCGUCAUGGUCCUAGAGAAGUCGCUGAACCACGGGCGCACCUGGCAGCCGUACCAGUACUACGCCGACGACUGCAUGGAGGCGUUCAACAUGCCGGCCAAGCGCGUGCAGGACCUGGCUGCCGCCAAUGCCACGCGCGUGAUCUGCACCGAGCGCUACUCGCGCUGGGUGGGCUCCAAGAGCGAGAAGGCGGUGCGCUUCGAGGUGCGCGCGCGCCUGGAGAUCUUCGCCGGCGCGCGCAUGGCCAACGCCGAGGCGCUGUACAUGCGCAUGGAGAGCAAGGGCCCAUGGGACUUUUCACCUUCACCAACCUUGGCUGCUUCAUGGGCGCUGCCCAGGCUGGGAACGUACGUGCAGCGCGAGAACCUGCUCAAGUACUUCUACGCCAUCUCCAACAUAGAGGUGCCAGCCAGGUGUAAGUGUAACCUGCACGCGUCGCAGUGUGUGUUUACGGACGGUAACCUGCAGUGUGUGUGUGAGCACAACACCACCGGGCAGGACUGCUCGCGUUGCAAGAGGGGAUUCAAAGCCAAGAGCUGGAAGCCAGGCUCCUACCUCCCCACUCCCAAUGGCACACCAAACACAUGUGCUCAGGCUGGCAUGUCGGCUGGUUCCACAGACUGUGAAUGCUAUGGCCAUUCUAACCGGUGUAGCUACAUAGACUUCUUAAACAUUGUGACCUGUGUAAGCUGUAAGCACAACACCCGUGGCCAAAACUGUCAACAUUGUCGGCUCGGAUACUUCCGGAACGCCUCUGCGGAGCUGGAUGAUGAGAAUGUCUGCAUUGAGUGUAACUGCAAUCAGCUGGGCUCUGUGCAUGACCGCUGCAAUGGCACGGGCUUUUGCCAGUGCAAGGAGGGUGCUGGUGGAGCCAAGUGUGAUGAGUGUGUCCCAGGGUUCUUCUGGAGGCAGGGCUGCAUCCCGAAUGUGUGUGACGAGACGCUGCUCGUGUGUCAGAACGGCGGCACCUGUCUGCAGAACCAGCGGUGUCUGUGCCCGUCGGACUUUAAGGGUGCGCUGUGUCAGCAGUCUGUCUGCGAGGGGGACAAGAAGUGCAGCGGCGCGGCCACACUGACCCCGAGCGUGGCAGCCCUGCUGUGCCCGCUGCUGUACCCACUGCUGAAGGCCACCCGCUUUGUGUCCUGAGCAACACCCGCAGAGAUACAGAUACACAGAGAGAGAGAGAGAGAGAGAGAGAGAGACAGAGACAGAGAGAGAGAGAGAGAGAGACAGAGACACAGAGAGAGAGAGAGAGAGAGAGACAGAGAGAGAGACAGAGAGAGAGAGAGAGACAGAGAGACAGAGAGAGAGAGAGAGAGAGAGAGAGAGAGAGAGAGAGACGCUCAGACAAGCCAGCUCAACUAGAGUGGAGUUGUCAUCCAAUACUUCGAAGCACUGAAGGAGUGAGGACUCCCUCUACUGGCGAGGACUGGCACAUGGGAGGACUUCAACUUCUGCUUAACUGUUGAUUCUGACUAAAAAUGCUGCUCUUCAUUCACAAGCUGAUUGGCUUACCAGGGAGAAAUGGACAUGUCCUGUUCCCAGAGCUGGAUUUAAAACCAGGUUUACUUUUUUUUACGGAGAGAACAGAUAAAAUGACACAAGCCAAGGUUCUCCCUCCUCUGUGGCAGUUCUGUGGGAGUUUUGUAUUCUAUAGUAUGUACUGCAAACCACCAAUCACAGUCAAUAAACCUACAAAUACUAUUGCAAUAUUUACAAAGUGACCAUUUAUAUUUUAGUCACAUAUUCCCUGUUUGCAAUAGGAGUGAAUGUUACCUCCUUUGGCUAAAGUCUAUCUUUUUUUAUAAUCAAAGUUUUUAUUGUUUUUCCAUGUGAGAAACACAUAAUAUAUCUGUCACAUUUAACAACAUGUAACAGCACUAAACACACACCAUACAGCAAUCUACUACUACCACUAAACUAUACAGGAAAUGAGACCAGACCUGGUAGAAUUUACCCCCACCAGGCUAAAGUCUAUCUUGAAUGAGUAUCAGGAAGCACACCAAACAGGAAAUGUAAUGACAUAGCCAACCUAGAGAAAAUUUCAUAUCUGAAGGCAAGAUGGCUGUCGGGAAAAUAUUUAAGAGUUGUACAAAUUUUGUUUUCUUAAUUUUUGUUUUCCAUGAAUUAUUGUUUUUGUUUGGGUGUGUAAUAAAGGUGGCUUUGAUUUUCACAA